CUACUAACGUGAGAAUUUGAGAAUUGUGUUGUAACGUAGGAAAUGUUAAUAAAGUGUUGUUAAAGCGUUGCCUGCAGCAGCGACAUUUCCGGAAAGGUAGACUCGAUUAAAUUCAUUCUGGACUCUCUAUCCGACCACCUAAAGACGUGGGGAAUACUUCGGUUUGGCUUAAGGGACCCUCUACUCAAUACCACAACCGCUAAGUGCAAAACCAUGAAGCUUUUCUAUUUGUGUUCUUUACUUCAGAUGUCAUGCUGCCAUUCGGGUUCUCACUCCCUAUGGAUCAUGGGAACAUACAUCAGUGGAAAGACUCCAUUUCCAGACUUCACUGGAUACGUGAUGUUGGAUGAUAUUGCAUUUGCAUACUAUGACUCAAAUGGAAACAAAGCAAUACACAGAGACACCCAUAAUGCCUCAUACCAAAUGGUUGAUGCAAACGAUAUAGAUUAUGCUGGACAUUUUUUUGAAUAUUUACAUGAGCGUGUUAAAUUUAGAUUGUCCAACAUGAAGAAGUACUUGAACAACACAGAUGAUAUUGCUGUUUUUCAGAGAAUUAUUGGAUGUGAGCUACCCAACAAUGAUCACCCUGGAACAAUGUUUUCUAUUGAUGGUUACAAUGGAGAAACUGUAAUUGUAGACCAUUAUGAUGCAGACCAAGAUGCUCUUCGCUUAGAAUGGAAGUGGCCAAAUAUAGUGAGUAAAACAUGGAUUCAACAUGUGAACCUUACCUUGCAGUACAGAAUUGCGUAUUACCCGGACUGCAUCAACUAUUUACAAAGGCAUCUGCCCAAAGAAAGGAAUCGUGUUCUGAAAAAAGUGAAGCCCAGAGUCAGGCUCCUCCAGAAGACACUCCCAGACUCUAGUGGGGCCAAAGUGACCUGCCUGGCCACUGGUUUCUACCCGCGUCACAUCAACCUGACCCUGUUCAGAGACGGCCAGCCUGUGUCUGACCACCAGAUCACUGGGGGGGAGCUGUUGCCUAAUGCAGAUGAGACGUACCAGAUGAGGAAGAGCCUGGAGGUCAGCAGAGAGGAACUACAGUAUCACAACUACACCUGCACAGCUGAACACCUCAGCCUGGACAACAAGCUGGACAUUGAUUUAGAGCCUGAGUGGGAGUCAGGAACAACAAUCAUAUUGUCAUCUGUGACUGUUCUGGCAGUGUGUGUGUGUGUGCUGGGAGCCACCUGUGUUAUCAUGAUAUGGUGCUGGAGGAGACGCAAAGGUCAGGGCUCCCAGGGAUCAUUAAGUACCUACUCAUCUGCUCCAAACAUAGAUCUGGACUAAAGAGAAGUGAUGGAGGGAAAUAACACAUUGUAAAGAUGCUUCACAUCAAGUUCAAUAAUCAUUCAUAGAUGCAUUUAAAACUGCUUGAGAAUUGAACCUUUAAAGAAAUGUUCCAGAGCAAAACAACCUUCAGAAGCUAACACGUUCAAACGGUUGUUUGAGCACAUAAUUAUGGAGUUUUAUGGUCUCAAACAACAACAAACUUUUUUGAUACAUGUUUGGUCUCUUUCUUUCUCUCUCUCUUUCUCUCAUUUCUUUGACGUUUUAUAUUUGUAUAUAUUGUUUGUUUCACCUGAUGUAUCUAACAUCAAACUUGUUUUAUAAUUUGUUUAGUAAGUAAGUUUAUGUUUACAUUUGUUAGUUUGUUAAGAUAACUUUGUUCAACUGAUUUUUAUCUCCAAGUGAUAUUGAUUACAUCUGCAUUUAUGGUGUCUCUUAAGGCCGCUGUCAAAGCAUCCUGGGCUUCCAUAGCACCAGCCGUGCCACAGAUGAUUGCCUCCAUACAGCACCACAUUGAUUCAGUAAUUUGUGCAAAAGCAGCCCGUGUAAAUUAACUGUUUUAGUCAGAUUAGUUCAUUUCUUUUCAAAAGGUCGUGACACAUUUCUGUAUCAUAACCUCUUUAUUGUAAUAUUGCUCAAUUUUGGAUUUCAUGAGCUGUAAUCAAGAUUAAAACAUGAAACAUA